GAAUUUGAACAGAAGUUUUUGAGAUUUAUUGGUCCGAUUCCUUCUCUUCUGCUCCUCGCAUUUCAUUCUCAUGUUUUCUCUGAUAAUCCGCGGAAGAAGAAACUCACCGGAGCUGCACAAAUGGCAUAACCUGAGAGCUUCACUGAAAGCUUUUCUCAGUUCCUUCUCAUCCGCUAGUGUUGCUGAUGUGAGCCGUCGAAAAGGUAACAGCUUUACCGUCUCUUACCUCGUCGAAUCUCUGGGCUUCACCACCAAACUCGCCGAAUCAAUUUUCAGGAGAGUCACCACCACAGAGGAGGCCAACAAGGGUAACAAUCCAGACUCCGUUCUUAGUCUUCUCAGGAGUCACGGUUUUACAGAUUCUCACAUCUCCACCAUCAUCAGGACAUAUCCAAGACUCCUCUUACAAGAUGCCGAGUCAUCACUCGCUCCCAAGCUUCGGUUUCUAACUUCUCGAGGAGCUUCGACCUCCGAGCUCACCGAGAUUCUCUCCAAAGCCCCCAAGAUCCUGGGGAUCAAAAAGGACAAAGCUUUCAGCAGGUACUACGAUUUCGUCAGAGAGAUCAUAUCAGCCGACAGCGAGAGCUCCGAGUUCGGGAAGUUAUCGGAGGGCAGCGCGCAGGAGAACAAACUGAGGAACGUGUUGGUUUUGAGAGAUAUGGGUGUCCCUCAGAGGUUGCUUCUCCCCUUGCUUAUCUCUAAUCACCACGUCUGCUGCGGGAAAGAAAAGUUCGAAGAAACUCUCAAGAAAGUCGUCGAGAUGGGGUUCGAACCCGCGACAUUUAGGUUCGUCGAAGCUCUGCGCAUGCUUUACCAGCUGAGCGACAAGACGAUACAGGAGAAACUCUGUUUCUACGAAAAGCUAGGCUUUUCCGUGGGGGAGGUGUGGGAGAUGUUCAAGAAGAAUCCGAGCUUUCUUCCUCUCUCGGAGAAGAACGUGUUGAACUCCAUCGAAGCGUAUCUAGGGUUAGGGUUCACCAGAGAUGAGUUUGCGACGCUGGUCAAGUGCCAUCCUCAGUGUCUUAACUAUUCCGCUGAGCUGGUGAAGAAGAAGGCUGAGUUUCUGGUGAAGGGUAUGAACUGGCCUGUGAAGGCUUUGGUUUCGAAUCCUACGGUGCUUGGAUACAACUUGGAGAAGAGGACUAUCCCGAGGUGUAACGUGAUCAAAGCUCUCAUGUCAAGAGGUUUGCUCGGAGGUGAAGGUGAACUCCCUUCGCUUGGCUCUGUUUUGGUGUGUACGGACCGUGCGUUUUUGAAAAGGUAUGUGAUGAAGCAUGAUGAUGGUGAUGAUAAGAAGCUUGUGGCUGAGUUGAUGGAUAUCUUCACCGGAGAUCGUGUUUCAUAGGCUUUGUCAAGGGUUGUUUUUUUCUUUCUAUACGCGGUGAAGAAUGGGAAGCAGAUACGUGAUGGCUUACAAUAGUACUUGAUUAAUGCUAUGUGACAGUUUGGUUGAUAUGAUAAAACAAAGAACUUUUGAGACA